AUGGCAACCCACAACUCCACUGGUAGCAGUCACUCACUCUUCAUUCUGCUGGGCAUUCCUGGCUUAGAAGACCAGCACACAUGGAUCUCUCUCCCCUUCUUUAUUUCCUACCUUGUUGCUUUCCUUGGGAACAGCCUCAUCAUCUUCAUCAUCAUCACUGAACGCAGCCUCCAUGAACCCAUGUACCUUUUCCUCUGCGUGCUGGCUGUGGCUGACCUCAUCCUGUCUACUACCACUGUGCCCAAGGCCCUAGCCAUAUUCUGGUUCUAUGCUGGAGCAAUAUCCCUUGAUGGCUGUGUUACCCAAAUCUUCUUUAUCCAUGCUACCUUCAUUGAGGAAUCAGGAAUUCUGUUGGCGAUGGCACUUGACCGCUGUGUGGCCAUCUGUGAUCCACUGCACUAUACCACAGUGCUCAGUCGUGCAACAAUCAUAAAGAUUGGCUUGGCUGUGGUCCUGAGAAGUUUCUGUGUGAUAAUCCCAGAUGUGUUUCUGGUAAAGCGGCUGCCUUUCUGCCGUAGCAAUCUGCUGCCACAUACCUACUGUGAGCACAUGGCUGUUGCCAAGUUUGCUUGUGCUGAUAUUCGUGUCAAUGUUUGGUAUGGCUUGUCUGUCCUUCUCUCUACUGUAGUGCUAGAUGCCUUGCUUAUCUUAGUGUCCUAUGGCUUCAUCCUCUAUACAGUCUUCCACCUCUCCUCCCAAGGAGCUCGGCAAAAGGCUCUGAGCACAUGUGGCUCCCACCUCGGAGUCAUUUCCCUGUUCUACUUGCCUGGUAUUUUUACCAUAAUUACCCAGCGGUUUGGGCACCAUGUUCCUCUCCAUACACACAUUCUGCUGGCUAAUGUCUGCAUGUUGGCUCCUCCCAUGCUGAACCCCAUCAUUUAUGGGAUCACGACCAGGCAGAUUCAAGAGCGUGUGCUCAGUCUUUUGUCCUCAAAGAGGAAAUGA